AUGAACACCGGGACAGAAGCCGUUGAAACGGGAAUCAAACUUGCCCGCAAAUGGGGUUACAUUAAAAAGAAAAUUCUGAAAAAUAAAGAAAUUAUAAUUUCCUGUUCAAAUAAUUUUCACAGUCGAACAGCAAUGGCUAUUUCAAUGUCAACUAAUCCAGUUAUCUGUAAAGACUUUGGACCGUAUAUGCCAUGUGUUGGACCAAUAUGCCCAUAUACCGGACGAAUAAUAGAAUAUAAUUCUGUUGAUGAUUUGGAGGCUACAUUGAAGAUUCACGGUUCUCUUGUGGCAGGUUUUUUGGUGGAGCCUAUCCAAGGAGAUGCUGGUAUAAUUGUACCCAAUGAUGGAUACUUAAAAAAAUGUUAUGAUCUUUGUAAGAAGUAUAAUGUCUUAGUAAUUGUCGAUAAAAUACAAACUGGCGUUGAGCAUACCGGCAAGAUGCUUUGUCAAGAAUAUGAUGGAAUUCGAGCAGAUAUUAUUUUACUAGAAAAGGCUCUCUCUGGUGGUUUUUAUCCGGUUUCUGCGGUUCUCGCUGACCAAGAAAUUAUGCUAUGCAUUCAGCCUGGUGAGUAUAGUUCUACCUAUGGUGGUAACCCGUUAGGUUCUGCGGUUGUGAUCGCCGCUUUAGAAGUGAUCAAAGAAGAAAAUUUGGUCGAGAGGGCUGCAGUGUUAGGCGAGAAAUUUCGCGAAGCUCUUUGUGAAAUAAAGUCUCCACUUAUUUCUCAGUCACGAGGCUUGAUUGCGAAACCCACGCAUGUUAAUACUAUCCAUCUUGCACCACCGUUGAAUAUCACAGAGAAAGAAUUGAUGGAAAGUAUUAAUAUUAUUAAAGAGGCUUUGGAAGAUAUCGUUAAUAUGGAAGCUGAAGAUAUUCCUGGAUAUUUAGAAGAUUUAAAUCUACAUAAUUAUUCAUAA